AAUGCCUCCUGUCAUAUAAAAGUUCAGAGAAGUCACAUUUGAAAAUCUGUGCAAAUCAUGCGUCAGAACGACACCACCGCGCGCAUUGCGCACGUCUUCAGGGGGACAUUUGUGCACUCCACACCUCGAGAUGCAGUAGAAAUACUGGAAAGCUCUGUCUUAGGAGUCGACGAUGAGGGGAAGAUUGCAUUUAUUGAAAAAGAUGAACAAUUGGUCAGUCUUUCAAAAUUAUGGGGGUUUGAAACUUCAGACGUAAAACAGCUCGGACAAUAUGAGUUUCUUAUGCCAGGAAUGGUUGAUACACACAUCCAUGCAUCUCAGUAUAGCUAUACUGGCACUGCCUUAGAUCUGCCUCUGUUGGAGUGGCUCAACACUUACACUUUCCCUGUGGAAGCCAAGUAUAAAGACUUGGAUUUUGCCAAUAAUGUCUACACUAAAGUUGUGAGAAGAACCUUAAAGAACGGCACCACCACUGCUUGUUAUUUUGCCACAAUACACACUGAUGCAUCCCUUCUGCUCGGAGAACUCACAGAUAAGUUUGGACAGAGAGCUUUAGUGGGUAAAGUUUGCAUGGACUGCAAUUCUGCAGUUCCACAGUACAAAGAAAGUCCAGCUGAAUGUAAAGCGGAGACAGAUCGUUUCAUCAAAGAGCUUCUCAAAAAGGAGUACCCGAAUGUUAAGCCUGUGGUCACUCCUCGAUUCGCUCCCUCCUGUUCUGCUUCACUACUUAGUGAAUUGGGUGAAAUUGCCAAUAACAACAAGCUUCACAUUCAGAGUCACAUCAGUGAGAACAAAGAGGAAGUGGAGCUUGUGAAGACAUUGUUUCCAGGCUGCAAAUCCUACACUGAUGUUUACCUCAAGCACAAUCUACUUACAGAUAGGACUGUAAUGGCCCACGGGUGUCACCUAACCGAUGAAGAACUGGAGAUCUUUCAUGAAACAGGAUCUGCAAUCUCCCACUGUCCUAACAGUAACAUUUCGAUUUGCAGUGGGAUGCUAAACGUGCGCAAUGUUUUGAAUCACAGAGUGAAAUUGGGUUUGGGGACAGAUGUAGCAGGAGGCUACUCCCCAUCUAUGCUAGAUGCUAUGCGAAGGACUCUGGACACUUCCAAAGCCCUGACCAUCCAGGACCCUCAGCAUCAGACUCUAACCUUUGAAGAGGUUUUCAGAUUGGCUACACUUGGGGGAAGUGAAGCUCUUUCAUUGGAUGAACAGAUUGGAAACUUUGUGGUAGGGAAGGACUUUGAUGCCCUGCGAGUGAAUGUUUGCGUUCCUGAUGGACCGAUCGAUUUGUUUUCUGAUGAAAGCCCCAAGGUCAUUUUGGAGAAGUUUUUAAAUUUAGGUGAUGAUCGAAAUAUUACUGAAGUCUACGUGUCUGGAAGACAGGUGGUUCCAUUUCCAGAUACAUAGUUACUAUCUGAGGUUUUUUUUUUUUUACUACAAAUAUUAUACAUCUACUCAGGACAAACAUUUUCAUAAGUUCACGAUUUGGAUUUUUUUUUUUUUUUUUACAAAGAUAGAGAGAUAUAGAUUUAUAUUAUUCAGUUUAACAUCUUGUAAAUGUCUUGCCUUAGCAAUUUUUAAUUUAAACAUGAAAGAUGAUGUCAUGCUCAAAUAGUAUUCCUUUAUUGUUUAUUAAAUUGUCUUCUAUAUUUACUUGUGUUGAUCAUGGAAAAAAAAUGUGAUUACUAUCAUGUAGUAAUUUAUAUUAAUUUAAUCAUAGACAAAUCCCUACUGACAAUAAAAAUGAUUUAUGAUAUAUUACGUUCAUCCUGAUUUUUAUUUAUGUAUAUUUAUUUGUUUUUGAUUGCCCAUUUCAUGAUAAUACACUGAUGAAGGCGAAGAGCCGAAACAUUUGUCAUCUUAUCUCUGUACCAUGAUUAAAGUGCUUCAGAGUGCA